AUGCCCGAUAAAUUGGAGGAAGAAGGUCCAUUCGGUGAAGCCGCACCUGAGAUCUUAGAGGAUAGAAUAUGGGUGGAUGGUUGCUGGGACUUUUUCCAUCAUGGACAUGCCGGCGCCAUGCUUCAAGCACGACAGUUGGGUAAGGAACUGGUGGUAGGAAUUCAUUCCGAUGAAUCAAUCCUCGAGAACAAAGGGCCUACGGUCAUGACGCUACAAGAACGAAUCGCGGCAGUAGAUGCCUGCAGAUGGGUUACACAAUCGGUGUCAUAUGCUCCAUAUGUUACCUCUCUGCCAUGGAUUUCUCAUUAUGGGUGUAAAUAUGUGGUUCAUGGCGAUGACAUUACUUCGGACAGCAGUGGGGAAGAUUGCUAUCGAUUUGUCAAGGCUGCAGGAAGAUUCAAGGUUGUAAAGCGAACGCCAAGUAUCUCGACGACCGAUCUGGUAGGACGAAUGUUACUUUGCACACGAACGCACUUUAUCAAGUCGCUACCCAAGCUCUUGGCUGGAGAAGAUGGCUCAGGAACUCCGGAGGAGAGGCACGUGGAUGGGAAAGCCAUGACGGAAAGAAUGCGAAUGUAUGCUACCGACGAAAGUGGACUAAACCCCGGCUCAAGUGUUUGGUUUUGGAAAGCUUCGAUUGCGGCCAGAGAAGACGAGACCGAGAAUGAGAAAGGAGUGUUCAAUUCUCUAAUGCAAGGAUCGACACCAAAACCUGGUCAGCGAGUCGUCUAUGUCGAUGGUGGUUUUGAUCUCUUUUCGUCGGGUCAUAUUGAAUUUCUUCGACAAGUCAUCAAGGCAGAGGAGAAGCUCGCUGAGGCAGAAGGCUGGUAUAGCAAAGAAGCUGUAGAAGAACGUGUUGGUAAAGGGGCGGAUUAUGCGCCAUGUUUUGUGGUAGCUGGUGUUCACGAUGAUGAAGUUAUCAAUCAUUGGAAGGGAGUCAAUUAUCCUAUCAUGAAUAUCUACGAACGAGGUCUUUGCGUGUUGCAAUGCAAGUAUGUUAACGCCGUCAUCUUUGGUGCCCCCUUCACUCCAACGAAGGCGUAUCUCACGACAACUCCAUGGGGAGUGCCUGAUGCCGUGUACCAUGGACCAACAAGUUUCAUGCCAUUGACCUAUGAUCCAUACGUUGCUGCAAAGGAGAUGGGAAUCUAUCGUGAGAUCGGAAAUCACGAAUUUUCAUUUGUCAACGCCGGUCAAAUCGUACAACGUAUAUUGAAAAGUCGAGACAUGUAUGAAGAAAGACAACGUGUCAAGGGGGUGAAGGGUAUUGGUGAGGAGGCUCAAAGGACACGCGAACGCAUGGAAGAAGAACAGCGAUUGAAGGAAAGUUCAGCAUAG